AUGGCAUCCCAAAGCCAGAUCAUUUUCUGGAGCAUGACUACAGUCAUUAUCAUCCUGGCGGCGGUGAUUGCCCUGAUCAUUGGUUUUGGUGUCUCAGGAAAACACUCCGUCAGCGUGAUGGCGCUGACAUCUCCAGGGAACAUCGGCCAGCGCAGCAUUCUGGACUGCACUUUCGAGCCCGACAUCCGGAUGGGCAGCAUAGUGAUCCAGUGGGUCAAGGCAGGAGUAGCUGGGCUGGUUCACGAGUUCAAGGGUGGGAAGGACCACCUGCAAGAGCAAAAUCCGUUGUUUCAGGGCCGCACGGCACUGUUUGCGGACCAGGUGAUGGGCGGCAAUGCUUCCCUGGAGCUGAGGGAUGUGCAGCUCUCCGAUGCUGGCACCUACCAGUGCUCUGUCACCACAGCCAGAGGGAGCGGGGCAGCAGUGCUGCAGUACAGGACAGGAGCCUUCAGCAUCCCCGAGGUGCUCGUAGUGAACAGCAGCAGUGGGGACACGUUGCAGUGUGAAGCACUGCGCUGGUUCCCUCGACCCACUGUGCACUGGACAGUCGACAACGGUGCCGGGGAGCACCUCCCUCACACUGCCAACACCAGCUACGAGCUGAACGCUGAAAACAUCACUCUGAAAGUGGUUUCUUUUCUCCAUAACAUUACUGCUAAUGCCACCUACACCUGUGUGAUUGAAAACAACAUUGCCAAGGCUACAGGCAGCAUCAAAGUGACAGCCUCUCACUACUCUUCUGCUACAGAUUUCAGCAUUACAAGGGAGACUAACUUGCAACUGGUGAGCCUGAAUGCAGAGUCAGUGUCAUACUCCUUUCCAGCCUGUCACUGGAUGCUUCUGCUUCCCCUGUAUCUGCUGUCGAUAUAA